GCUUUAUUUUGCAAGCAAUUUUGCCGGGUGGCCUUUUGGAGUCUGUCAUCGGGCCAUCGCAUAUCAGCCAUAGUUUACAACCGGCAAAGGCAUUUAAGAACAAAGCUUCGGGUACCAGCAACUCAUCAUGUUCCUGACGCGCUCCGAGUAUGACCGGGGCGUGAACACCUUUUCGCCAGAAGGCCGGCUUUUCCAGGUGGAGUACGCCAUCGAGGCCAUCAAGCUGGGCUCGACGGCCAUCGGCAUCCAGACGUCCGAGGGCGUGGUGCUGGCCGUCGAGAAGCGCGUCACCUCGCCGCUCAUGGAGCCCACCACCCUCGAGAAGAUCGUCGAGAUCGACAAGCACAUAGGCUGCGCCGUGUCUGGCCUGAUCGCCGACUCACGCACAAUGAUCGACCGGGCGCGCGUGGAGGCGCAGAACCACUGGUUCAUGUACAACGAGCGCAUGAAGGUGGAGUCGGUGGCACUGGCCGUCUCCAACCUGGCCAUCCAGUUCGGCGACGCUGAUGCAGAGACGGCCAUGUCGCGUCCAUUCGGCGUGGCGAUGCUGUUCGGCGGCAUCGACGAGAACGGCGCCCAGCUGUACCACAUGGACCCGUCCGGCACGUUCGUGCGCUACAGCGCCAAGGCCAUCGGCUCCGGCAGCGAGGGAGCGCAGCAGAGUCUCGAGGAGACCUACCACAAGUCAAUCACGCUAAAGGAGGCGCUCAAGUCUGCACUCACCAUUCUCAAACAGGUGAUGGAAGAGAAGCUGAACGCCUCCAACGUGGAGCUGGCCACCGUGACGCCCGAAGGCAACUUCCAAAUGUACUCCAAAGAGGAGCUGGAGGCGCUCAUCGCCAACAUCUGAUCCGGCCCGCCUCCCCGUCCGUGCGCCGCGUGGGCGGCCGCUGCACCCGGACACGUCCUGUUCCCAGGCCGCUGCUCUUGUCACUGAAUACAACGCGACGUCAUCAGA